GUGUGUGUGUGUGUGUGUGUGUGUGUAGCCUCAUUCUCCUCCUCCUUUCUUCCUCUCGGUGAACGCGCAUCACUUGUGAAGGACGGCGCUUGAGAACCGCAAGUUUCUGUCGGUUCGGCUGCAUCCGCAAUUCUCUUCACUUGUUCCCGGUUUCACUUUCACCGUCAGCCCCGCUUUGUGCUCUGUCUUACCGGGGGAUUCCGUCGGGGUGUACCGGCUAACACUGGGCGUAGCUGCGGAGGAUUGUGCUGGCUCGCCGCUGCGCUCACUGAACAGAACUUGUUGCCUCCAGAAAGUCUGUAGACCUGUGGCCAUCCAGUGAGUCUUGAAUCAGCUGUGCCCUGCAGAGACAGACCAUUACCACUCAAGGGGAGAUGAAGCCAGAUGGGGUUGCCACAGCAGCACUGGAGCCAAUGGAAACAUUGGAAUCCAAUCCUGGAAACGAGGCAGCACCGGCUGUGGGACAGGAGCCCGACCAGGCAGCCAGUCCAGAGGAGAUGAUGCCACAGCAGCCUGCAGGGGAGCCAGGCCAGGUGGCGCCCCAGCCAGAACAGGCCAAGAAAACCCCAGCUGCCAAGACCAGCAACAAGACCUCAGGAGAGGCCAAAGCCAAGACCAUCACCAAGGCCACAGCCAGGUUGAAACCUAGAAACACCAGCCCAGCCAAGACCACACCUGGCUCACGCUCCAACACAUCCCAGAGCCGCCUAUCAAAUGGUGUGUCUAAGCCUCAAGCCAACGGAGUGGCUAGGAAGAGCACACCUACUCCGGACAAAAAGAGCACCCCAACCUCCGCUGCUGCCAAAAAACCAGCAGGGCUGUCCUCCAAGACCAAAGUGGGUGAGAAGAAAGCCACGGGGCCUACUCCUGCCACCAACGGCACAAAGACAACAACCACAAAAACAGCAGUCAAGACGCCACCGUCCACAGCUGCUAACGGCAUCAAACCCAGCACCACUGCAGCUGCUGUGAAGAAGCCCUCAGCUCCAAAACCUGCCUCUGCAGCUUCAUCCAAGCCCAGUGUUUCCAAGACAACCAGGCCUACAUCCGGCACGGCGGCGCCUCCUCGUCCGGCCACAGGCUCAACCCGGCCCCCCACUACCAACACGACCAAGAGCUCCACAGCUACAUCCAAACCUGCGACCCCUAAAACCCCCUCCACCACUGCCAAGCCUGCCACCUCCAAGACCACCUCCACCACCCCCUCUGCUGGCAAACCUCCAGCAUCACAAAUCUCUAGAAACUCAACUCCAGUGAAAAAAGAUGUUGGCAAACCUGCCACCCCAGCAGCCAAAAAGCCUGCAGAGUCUCCCCUUUCCCGCCCAUCAUCUACAGCAAAGUCAGCAAAACCUGAGACCCCCAAACCAGCCUCAAAGUCAGAAGUCACUACCAAAAAGCCCAGUGCUCCGAAGGCUGCAGACGCAAAGACACCCACCCGCUCCAAAACACAGGAGAGCAAGCCCACCCUGUCCAAGGAUGUUUCCAAGACGCCCAGCUCUAAAACGGCUGCAACUAAGGCUUCCAGCCCCAAGAAGGCUGUGGGCAGCAGCAGCACCCCAACUCCUGUGAAACGUGCCCCUAAAGCUGCUGCUGAACCAGUUGUCAGUGCUGGGCUGGAAGAACCAGAACCUUCUGCAGAAGCAGCUGUACAGCCACCUGCUACAGCUCAUGAAGCAGCGCUAGACAAAACUUCAGAGCUCACACCAGAACCGGUCUCUGUACCAGUGGUAGAAUCAGCACGAGAACCAACACCAGAACCUGUAUGUGAACCGACACUGGAGCCCGUACGGGAGCCAACACCUGAACCCAUAAAGGAACCAACACCAGAGCUUCUACAUGACCUGACACCAGAGCCGGUACAUGACCUGACGCCAGAGCCUGUACGGGAGCCGACACCAGAGCCUGUACGUGACCUGACACCAGAGCCGGUACAUGACCCAGGGCCGGUACAAGCCCUGACACCAGAGCCUGUACGUGACCUGACACCAGAGCCGGUACGUGAGCCAACACCAGAGCCAGUACGGGAGCCGACACCUGAACCUGUACGUGAGCCAACACCAGAGCUGGUAUGGGAGCCGACACCUGAACCUGUACGUGAGCCAACACCAGAGCCGGUAUGGGAGCCGACACCUGAACCCGUACGUGAGCCAACACCAGAGCCUGUACAUGAACCAAGUCCAGACAAAGUAGAAGAAACAUCUCCAGAACCUCCUGUAGAGCCACUGUCUCAGCCAUCUGCAGAGCAUGAACCAGCCUCCAGCGGUCAGCUGUCAGCCCAGCUGGACCUUUACAAAUACGAGGAAUCUGCCCAGGACUCGGUUACUUCCCUGGGAACUACUGUCAUGUCUCCUCCUUGUUCCCCACCAGGCCCUGCCUCUCCCGUAAGGGAGGAGGCCUCCUCCCUGCUGGACACACAGUCAGAUCCCUGGGACCGGAACCAACCCGUGGCCUUGUCUGACAUUGUUUCCCAGAGCGCAGUCAGUAUGAUGAACUUCCAGGCAGAAGAGGAAAGGCAGAAUAAAGAACACUUUGAGGAGGAGGAGGAGGAGGAGAACCUGUUCAUGUCUUUCUCUGCAGCUCCAUCUGCACAGCCUCACCUGGAGGGUGCAUCGCCCAUGGAUGACUUCCUCUCCGGGGACUUUAUCUCCCUUCAUGGAAAGGAGGCAGCAGUGGAAAAGGCUGAUGAGGAGAUCAAUGAGGAUGAUGACGAGGAGGAGGAAUACGAGGAACAGAGGAGGCUCGAACACCAUCUUUCAUCCAUGAUCACUGACACGAGCAUGUCUCAGCCCUCUGAGGAGUUCCAAGUGAGGUCCUUAGGCAUCAGUGGCUCAGUGGGCUGGCCAGGUGACGACCUGCUGUCAGGGAUGGACUCAGAGGAUGUGAGCAGCUGUACCAGCAGCCGGCAGCAGGGGGUCUCUGACCUCAGCAGCACCCUGCACACCGCCAUACUGGAGGGCACCCAGAGCUCAGACGCCCUGGUCGACUCGAGCCUCCGCGGCUCUGAGGGAGAUGGUAACCUCAUAGGCUCUCCCAACGUGGAAACCUUGGCCAACGAGGAAGAGGAUGAGGAUGAGGAGGAUGAGCGGGUGGAUGAUAUGGACCUGAAUUCAGAGAGAGUAGAGGGGCAUCACAGGGUGUUCCAGCAGCAGGAGGAGGAGGAGGAAGAGGAUGAAGAUGUAGAGAUGCACAGUGAAGGUGUGACAGAGAGCUGUGGCAAUGUAGAUGAAGAUGAUUUCAAUGAGGAGGAGCGUUUAGACAACCUCAAUCGCAUGCCCCCGGCCUCCUCCUGGGGCCAGACCAGCCCCUUCUCUGAUACCUGGGCUCAGCCAGCUUCCCUGUUCUCUGUCUCCUCCCCUAGUCCAGUUUCUGACCAUGGUGCAGCUGAAUCUGAAACCCCAGCCCAGUCUCCUGCCCAAGCAUGUUUGGAGAGCAGCGCCCCUUCUUUCGCUCCUCGGUGUGAGCAGGAGCCCCAGAGUUCAGCUCCUGAGGAGGCUCCCGUCAUGCUUGCUGCCCCCCCUGUAGGCAUGUCCCAGUCCAGCACUCUGAGUGGCACAGCUCUGGCCGCCCACAGCAGCAGUGAGACGAGCACGCCAGAGGAGCUCCGUGACUACGACAGCAGCUCUGGGGUGGAGUCCCGUUCUGACAAGCAGCACACCCCGCUGCCUGCUUCAGUCCAGCCUGACAUGGAUCAGGACCUGGGCAUUCACUUGGAGAAAGGUGACGGAGAAGAGGAGGAGGCUGAGACGCUCCCUGCCGACGAGAUCUUGGGAACCGGACCCUCAACCGCUCCAGCAUCUGCCCCGUCCUCACCGUCCACCUCAGGAGACGAGGCCAGCGACACUGAGGGUGAGAUGCAAAUUAACGACCCUGAAGGGUCAAUGAUGGCGAGCGAGAGUGCUGGAUUUGAAAGCCCUCCUCCAACCUGUAAUCUGCCUGCUCUGGAGGAGGAUGAGGAGGUGGCAGACACACCUGCGGGAGAGGGCGAAGAGGACGGAGGUGGGGUCACUCCACAGUCAGCCAACUCUGUGGCUUCUUACGGCUUUGACUGCACCACAUCCAACUCCAAUGCCCACUCUAUGGCAGAGAGCUGCGGGAAGAGCCCGGGGAUCUUCUCCCUGGAGAAUGAGGAGCAGCUGCCAGAGGAGGCCAAGGACCCCUCCCUCAUCAAGGAGCUGACCCUGCCAUCAGCUGCCGCCACUGCUUGUGCUGAGGACCUGUUGGGUCGACCUGUGGACCUGAUGCCUUUGGACCACUCCGGAGACAUGCAGCCCAGUCUAGCUGAGCACCACUACCUGCUGGGGGCAAAGAUCGCAGCAGACCACUUGGAACAGGUUGACCCUUUGGAGCCCAGUCACCGCCUUGGUGGCCAGGAGUCCGGAGACACCGGCGACAGUCAGCCACCCUACUACUCCACCGUAUGUGAUAAGACUGAUAGUUUUCUGGAAGGUAAUGUAUAAGCCCCCCCACCACCACCACCGCCCUUGGAAUGCACCUUUUUCCCGCAACCCUCCCCCUUUACCUGUCGUUGGUUUUCUCUCCGGUUGAUUAGAUGCCUAGAAGGAAGAAGGUUUAAAACGUGCACGAAGGAGAUGGGAAAAAUGACUGUAGCAAUUUUUAAAUGAAGCCUCCCUCUUUCAUACUGUUACGGUGACGAGUGUAUGACUUAAACCCCUUUAUGUACAAUAGCUACUACCAUUUUCUAGUAGAAUGUUCUUUUUAAGUAACACUGCGUAUUCAGGAGCCCCUGAUGGGCUGUAGACUGACUGGUCCAACGUGACUGAGCUUUUAAACCUUUUAAAAGAAAAACAAACACAGAUGGAACAAAAUGGACUCUGUGUAUUUAUCCUACUGUUUUUACUGAACAAAUGUCAAUGAUUUUUUGGUUUUGUAUUUGCUUAUAUGUUGCUUUUUGCUUGUUUUACUGUUGAGACCCGGUCCUCCUUAAACCUGUGUACAUGCUUCAUGUUCAGCAGCUCCGUAGCAAAAGUCACAUGCUCCUUUUUAAAGGUUUCUGUUCUUGUUUCAAGACUUGUAGCUUCCAAAUAAAGGCUAGAUGUUAACAUGGCUGUGAGGCCCUUACAGAUGUGUCGAGGUAGGUGUGGGAGUGUUAGAUCGCCAGUGAAGUUUUAAAUGUGUGCUUCAAGAGCUUCUGUGCUCUCUGCAUAGGGUGUUACGGUAUAUAAUGUGCAGUCACGUACAGUAUGUGUUUCAGACAUUUGGUUUCGAGUGACAAAGCUUCAAGCCUCAGUUUGCUGAUCCUCUGUCCCAGAGGCCAUCAACUAGCCUGUUGUCUGUGAUGAGAGGCCGCAGCGCUGUCACGGCGCUGCACUCACAGAGAGGCUCUUGUAGCGGGCAUCAGGUCGACUAGUUCAACAGUAUAUUGCAUGUUUAACUAACAAAAGACUGUGUACUACCUUGAAGUUGAAACAGUUCUCCACUAAACAUGUUCAUGAAAGAAUGGUUCACACUAGGUUAUCUUUCAAAAUUACAUUAAAGCGUCAUUGCAAGG